UACCAUGUACUGUCUAUUGUUUCUAUCAAGUAGUUUCAUGUGUAUUGAGUCGAAAAUCCUACGCUUGAAAAAUCUUUAAAUCAUUAAAAUCUGAAUUUUGAACUACGAAUUUCGGAAGUUUUUCCUAUCUGGACGGCUAGAUACACCAUAAAGCCAUGGAAAAAUCAUUGGAAAAUCAAUUGGUCAAUGCGGCCAAGAUGGUUGAACAGCAGCUAGACGAGCAGCUAGUCCGCUUGGAUAACCUAGACUCUGACGACCUGAAUGUGUUGCGCGAGCAGCGCCUGCGCGAAUUGAAGGAGCUGAACAGCAAGAAACAGGAGUGGCUCAAAAAUGGCCACGGCGUCUACACGGAGCUGGCUGGCGAGAAGGAGUUCUUCGAGGUGUCCAAAAAUUCAGCAAAUUUCGUGUGCCACUUCUACAGAGACAGCACCGUGCGCUGCCGCAUUGUGGACAUGCACUUGAAGAUCCUGGCCGCUAAGCACGUGGAGGCCAAGUUCUGCAAGGUGAACGCCGAGAAGUCCUCAUACCUGACGCAGCGCCUGCGCAUCAUGGUGAUACCCACGAUUGCACUCGUGAAGGACAGCAAGACGAAGGACUAUAUAGUGGGAUUUUCCGACCUGGGCAACUGCGACGAUUUCUCCACCGAGAUCCUCGAGUGGCGCAUAGCCCGCUCCGGGGUCAUCGAGUACAAUGGCGAUCUGAUGCAGCCGCCCGAUGUUAAACGCAAGCCGCGCAUGAGCCAGCCGCAAAAGACAAUACGCGGCGGCAACGAUUCCGAUGACGAUGACAUUGAUCUGGAUGACUAAAUGCAGCCAUCCAUUCCGUACACAACCACACACAAAAAUCCACACUCCAAGUAACAAACGAAACAUAUCGGAUAUCACAAAUCAAAACCUAUAACGUCUUUAGACCCAUAUAUGUUUAAUACUAUGUUUUCGAACAUUCUUCUGCUGCUGCCCCAUCUGCUGCUGCCCCAUCUGCUGCUGCCCCAUCUGCUACCCACUCUCAUCACCACUCCACACUCUACACAUAUCGUCUCCAGUGACCACUACCCACUCGACAGUCCACUCUUUGGGUUUAUAAUUGCCUUAAUCUUAGCUAUAUCCCAUGAAAUGAUGUUAAUAAAGCCUAAGCUAUUAUGCACUAUAUACGCACGAUCUGGAACA